AUGUUCUUGCGUAAGCUGGUACGAAAACGGACUGUGCAAAAUAUCGAGACUUACAGGAAGACGUUAGGCCAUAGAAUAAGAGAUGGGAUUGCAAAUAUUGCCCACAAACUUCAUCCUAUUGCAAGUUUAAUAUGCCCGAACUUUAUUGCAUUUCACUAUUUUUAUAUUAUAGGGUUUUCGAUAUUAGGCAGUAUCAUUAUGUACCCAGUAAAGAACUAUCCGUAUAUCGACAUUUUAUUUCUAGCUACUGGUGCCGCAACACAAGGUGGGUUGAAUACAGUGAACACUAAUGAUUUACUUUUGUACCAGCAGAUUGUUGUAUAUGUUGUGACAACAUUAACUUCGUCUAUUUUCAUCCAUAGUGGACUAGCUUUUGUACGACUUUACUGGUUUGAACGAUACUUCGAUGGGAUUCGAGACUGGUCCAAGAAGGAUUUUGAGAUGAGGCGAACAAUGACAUUAAGAAACAGAGAAAUGUCAAGAAAUUACACGUCUGAAAGUGCCUCUAGAUCUGGGACACUGAUGCCAUCAUCUCGAACCAAGAGUUUCUCGCGAGCAGAAAGAGACUCUCGCAAUUUUCAAGUAAAACUAUUUAGUGGUGAGAUGGUGAAUAGAGACGAGGAUAAUAAUGAUGAAAGCUCAUUGGAUAAUAGGAAUAAUGUUGAGUCAAGUAAUAAAUCCGAGAAGUUCUUGAGCAGAAGGAAAUCAAGAGAUAUAAACCCAGCAGAUAUGUACAGAUCAAUAGCGAUGUUGCAAGAUAGACACGAGAAUAAAGACAACACAACAGGACCGGCACUUGUUGUGAAAAGUCCUGCAGAAAGGGAUAUAGAAAUGGAUCAGGAACAAGGAGCAUCUCAACCAACAGAUCAGCAUGGACAAUCGAUUCAGUUCAAAGUGGAACCACGUCCAGUAAAACCUAUGAAACAUCAUUCUGAAUCCUCGGGGCUAAGAAAAUCAUUCACACAAAGAAAGAGACCAAGCUUUUUCAAAGGCUCACAAUCUGCAAGGUCUAUCAGAAAUAAAUUAAGAAGAAAAUCAAAAGGAGUAGAGUAUCAUAACAUAGAUGAUGAAGAUGGGCAUGAUGCUGAUAUGGAAGGGUCUUCUGACGAUGACGAAGAAGCUAUUCAAUCAUCAAAUUCCUUUUCUUCAUCCGUACCAGAUUCAGCUAGUGCGCAUAAUUAUGCUACUGAUGAUUUUGCAGAACAUGGCUCAAAUGUAGAAAUGAACUCAGAGCCUUCUUCGUUAGACAGUCACAAUAUUAGCGAGGAUGAUGAUGAUGAUGAAGGCGAUCAUAACUCCAACGCCCCAGAUAACUUAUCAUAUUACGGAAUGCAGGACGGUCCAUCUCUGCGCAAUAGACUAAAUAGAGUUAUGAGCUCCAACUAUUUAUCCUACCAACCAGCUAUUGGGAGGAACUCAACGUUUGUUGGAUUGUCUGACUCUCAGAAGGUCGAGUUAGGUGGUGUUGAAUAUCGUGCUACGAAAAUACUUUGUUUAAUAUUGACAAUAUAUUUCGUUGGUUUCCACAUCAUGGCACUUAUUGGGUUACUUGGGUGGAUACAGCCCAUGGAAAAGUAUAAAAAGAUAAUAAGAGCUGAUGGUAUCAAUCCGACUUGGUGGGCAUUCUUCACUUCAAUGAGUUCAUUCAAUGACCUUGGGCUAACUCUUACACCAGAUUCCAUGUAUUCCUUCAAUAAAUCCAUUUUCGUUUUACUGUGGAUGUCAUGGUUUAUCGUUGUUGGUAACACUGGGUUUCCCAUUCUUCUUCGGUUUAUAAUAUGGGUCCUCUUCAAGAUAAGUCCCGAUUUGUCUCUAAGAAGAGAUUCAUUGGGAUUUUUAUUGGAUCAUCCACGGCGUUGUUUCACUAUGCUUUUCCCAAAGGCAGCAACAUGGUGGCUUUUACUGAUUCUUGUCGGUUUGAAUGCUAUUGAUUUAAUUUUAUUCAUCGUUUUGGAUUUAGAUACCUCUGUGGUGAAGAGCCUAUCUGCGGGGUUCAAGGUUCUCAACGGGUUAUUCCAAGCAGUAAACACUAGAACAGCAGGUUUUUCAGUUUUAGACUUGAGCCAGUUACAUCCUUCUGUUCAAGUUUCUUACAUGUUAAUGAUGUAUAUUUCGGUUCUACCAAUUGCCAUUUCUAUCAGAAGAACUAACGUCUAUGAAGAACAGUCCCUUGGAAUAUAUCCCAAUGAAAAUGCGGAACCAGACGAUAAUAACACAAAAUCAUUCAUUGGGGCACAUUUGCGUAGACAAUUGUCUUUCGAUUUAUGGUAUAUGUUUCUGGGAUUAUUCGUUAUUUGUAUUUGUGAAGGUGGGAAACUCCAAGAUGCCUCAAAACCGCAGUUCAACGUCUUUCAAGUUCUAUUCGAGAUCGUCAGUGCGUAUGGUACCGUGGGGCUCUCUCUUGGGUACCCAGGAACAAAUACUUCAUUUUCAGCUCAAUUCACUACCAUAUCAAAGCUAGUUAUUAUCGCGAUGUUGAUCAGAGGUAGACAUAGAGGUCUACCAUAUACGUUAGAUCGUGCUAUCAUUUUACCAAGCGAAAAGUUACAAGAAAAUGAUAUGCUUCACGAAAUGUCACAAAACAGAAGAAGUCCGUCUGGCCUGAGUGCAUCAACAUCUUAUGACAACAGAGCUUCAUAUGUUGGCGACGCAUCUUCUGAGGGCUCUCAUGAACGUUUCGGAGGGUUCAAAAGACAAUCUCGUUCCAUAUGGCAUGGUAUAGCUUCUGCUUUCAGCAUGGGUCACCAGCCAAGACUGAACCGUUCAUUGACUUCAAGAUCAUUGGAUGGCCGUACGAUGACUCUAUCACAUUCAGAUAUGUGGGGACAAAAUGAAGCCUCGCAUAGAUAUCCCAAUAAUUCAUUCCCGAUGGAAAGGAUGAACUCCAGAGAGACAUUUCCUCGUACAUUGUCGAGUCCACCUGCAAGUGUAUCAUUCAGAGACAGACUCAAUGAUAGUUCUGAAAGCCCAUUAGGUGGAAUACAUGCAAAUACAGUUGAAGCAUUCGAAAACUCCAACAGCAAUAAUAAUAGCACUAAUAGUAAGCACACAGAAUCUUCAAGUUCAGAUCCUAUAAUAGGAACAACAUGA